AUGCCUCCGUACGGCCAUGUUUGUAGUCAUUUGAAAGAGAUGAAGCUACUGAAUCGAUUGACACCUACCACUCUAAGGACUACAAAUCCUAGGUCCUUAAAAAGUUGAACGUAAAUUCUGCGCAAACUGUGCGCUCUUGUCGGCUUUUACGCGCAGCGCCUCACAGACGAAGGCAGACCGUGGCACUGCACCCUGCACACACGGGAUCUCCUCCAAACUUUUUCUAUCGCGUAUAAAAAACAUUCCAACAAAGGAGAAGAAAAGUUUUAACACCAAGAAGGAUAUGGCAGAAAUACUUUGGAGAUACAGCGGGGGUCAGACGUUGACAUUGAGGAUUCGUCGGACUCCGAGGGCAGCAAUGACGCCGGCUCCGUGGAGGAGGCUUUAUUUGUAAGUUGCGUGGACCCACUUUACGGGUGAGUACCGCUAUUUGCAUUUAUCUAUAAGGGUCAGUCUUCUCAAUAUGUUUCUUUCAACAUCUGUACUCCUUCUUUCAUGCAACAGCGAGGAGGGAGAAGAAGAUAAAGAGUAUGUCCCACCAAGGCACCAGAGGAAGGUCUCUUCAUCUUCAAGUUCCGAGCCCUCUUCCCCUGACCCUGGCCUGUCAAAAAGAGCUUGUGGCCGUGGUCGUGGCGGGCAAGCCAGCAAGCGGCCAAGACUGGCCUCUGUGGACUUGGAGGCUCAACAAGAGAGAUGGCGCACAAAAGAAGAGCCAGAUGUUGAGCCUCCAGCAACAGUAUUCCAGCCUAAGCAUCCACCUGGACCCAGGAUUGACACCACGGCACAGUGGUCCCCGCUCAGCCUCUUCAGGCUAUUCUUCUCUAGCAGCACCAUCAACACAAUAAUCAGCAAUACAAAUACAAAUUCUGCGUGCCGUUUGGCGCAAGGUGCGAAGUAUACGUGGUCUCAGGUGACUCAUUCUAUAUUUUUGUGUCAAUAGUCCUGUUCUUUGGCCUGGUACGUGUGCACUCCAGGAAUGACUUUUGGCGGAUGGACUGGCCCUACCAAUUUGUCUUUCCCAGGAGCAGCAUGUCAAGGGACAAAUUUGAGGCUAUCUGUUGGUCUCUUCAUCUCUCUGAUGUUGCAGAGGAUGAAGAGAACAAAGGAAAAAGGGGAACACCUCAAUUUGACAGAUUAUUCAAAAUCAAGCCACUCUAUGGUGAGAUUUUGAAUGCCUGUAACUCCCUUUAUCAGCCGUACCAGGCCAUAACUAUUGACAAGCGGAUGGUGGCCAGCAAAGCAAGAAUUGGAUAUAGGCAGUACAUGAGGGAUAACCCUCUUACAAUAUAAUCAUCACCCUGCUGAUAUUUGACUGGGUUCAUAUUUACUGGUAAUUCUAACCCUGUCUGAAAAGGGAUUUAUACACCUUUUUUAUGAUAAUUGGUGCUUGGAAAUGUAUCUCAAUAAAUCACAAAUUCAUGGUUUGAAUAAAGUUACUUCAGCUUUGCGUGCUUCAGUCUGUAAAUAAAAGCUGUGAAUGUGCUUUAAAGGAGAUUAAUCACCUGUAGGACUGUGUUGAUUCAAGGCUAAUGUCACUGUGGUUUGCCCAUGACUCCUACAGUCCUCACCCAGUUUCUCUGCUUUAUUGUAGCAAACCUGCUUCCUAUGACGCAGUUAUGAUGUCAAUGGAUAGUAACUGAAAGAGGAGAGAGUUAGCUGGCUAAUAUUAUUUUCUUCUCCUCCUCCGAGGAUGCCUGAGGUGCAUCACUGCUCUUCUGUUCUACUGAUAAACUCAGAGGGAUAUAUCAAACAGUCCAAUUUGUGCAAACACAGGUCCAUCUCUGUGCACACUGUCAAAAACUUUCCUGUCUGUCUACAUGUGCAUUGUGCUCUUUAGUUUGAACUUUUUCUACCUCCCUAACAUGGUUCAUCCAUGUUUCAUAUAAAAGGGAAUGCAGUAUGAUGAUCCACUAACACAGAUGAAGACAGUGCUUCAGUGAUUUUCACCAGAUUUGUGUUCCUUCUGACACCAGCACAGAGGGAGGGCUGCAGAAACAGCAGGGGGGCUCCUCAAAUAUGAGUCAAAACAUUUUGUCAGCAGCAACAAGAAAACAGAUGAUUUUCCAAUGUGUAACUGCUCAAUGCAUCAUUAAUAUUCCCCCUCAGAAAACUAUAUAACCUGAUAAAAGUUGAAAGGAAUUUUCAAUAGUAGAAAAUUCAUACUGUAACCCAAAACAUUUUCCAGUUUUUUAAGGACAUUGAGGUCGCUCUCAUGAUGCUCUCCAGAUUGCUAACAAAUUGAAAAAGACAAAACAAUUCAUUCACAUGUCAACGGCAGGCUAUCAGUAUGUUUUUAUGUUGCUCAACAAAUGGAUUUAUUGCAUUAGUCUGACUGAAAUCACACCAAAUCAAACUUCUCAUAGUUGGCCUGACAUACCUGAUAAUGAGGUUGGGGAUCGAUUCCUCUCUCUCACGUAUACGACUCAGUCAAACUUAAACUUGCCAGCAUGUUGUGAGCAUGCUCUGGUGUUCAGGCUUUGAUGCGUCUCCAGGAAGACUAGUAAAUAAAACCUCAACAGAUGGAUAAAGGAUAUAAAGAAGACUCAACUUUCCUGUCAUACAGAUGAAUGUACAGUACAGUAAAUCUUCUGUAAAAAAAAAUUUAUCGUUCAACAUAUAUCCUGUUAGCCCGGUCUUUGAUAUGUAAUCCGUCAACCAAAAGGCAAUGUGAUAGUGCCAUCUCCACUGGCAUAUUGAUGUUGACAUUUUUGUCCUCAUUCAGCUGUCACCUUUAAACAUAAAGAGGCAGAUGUCACAAACUUCCACACUGCAGCUGUUAUUGUGACUACAUCGUUUACAUACAUGGUUUAAGUCACUUUUCCCUCUUUGUAAAAACAUUCAUCAUUAAUAAUAAUGCAUCAUUAGCACAAUUACAAGUGAAAAUAAACAUCCAUAUCAGCUUAUGUCAACAUAUGACAGUAUGAAGUGUUGUAAGUAGUGAGAUUAAAAGCCUUAUACAUUUUAUAUAUAUAUAUACACAUAUUAUUUUUAUUAUCUUUAUUUUUUUUUUAAUUUUUGCUGAGAAAAAGCUGCCUCAGCAGGAUCAUCAUGUUACAGCCACAGUCAUUUGGGUGUUCUGUUCAACAAGGCUGAGAGGAAACAUGAUCAUCUUAAAGCCACAUCAGCACAUACAGACUCUUCUGGUUAUCACAUUGUAGGUCACAUGACCUUUAGAUACAGUGUGUUAAUGUAAUUUCAUUUAUGAAAAGUCUAAUGUGUUUUCACUGAUAUAUAUUGUGAUCACAGCCUGGAUCAUAAAGCUAACGGUGAAACUGAGUUACAUCAGCUGGUCUCAUUUCAGAUGCUUUCUCUGGGCUGAGCUGACUCACCCUUUCACAAGGACUCAUUACUUCCCAUCAAUAUUAGUGGCGCUUGUAACUUUCCGUCACUGUUGCAUAAGCUGUCAUUGCAGAAGUGAAACCACUGACGUGCACUAGUGUUUCACAAACUCCCCUCUGCAAAUGCUGUAGGUGGAACCUCCCAGUUUCUCAGAGUCUCUGUCAUAUGACAGCCAGCAGACAGCAGCCACCAGCUGUCCACUUGUCAGCUCCUUUACCUCCUUACCCGUGGGUGAGUCAGCCUUCCUCUCACAUCCUUUCAUCCCUCUCUUUUCAGCGUAAAAGCACAGCAGCCUCAGUUUGUACAUAUUUAAUCAUUAUCAGUCAUACAGCGUGAUUCAGCCUGAACGGUAAUCAGUGUAACUGUCACAAGAAUUAUCAGCAUUGCCAUUAUCAUCAUUACCACCAUAAUCAGCAUCAUCAUCAGCAACAACAGACACAAUGAUCCUGCAUGAGUCAGGACACUAAAUGAAUCAACAUGAUCGAUCUGGACUCAGUGUAAUUAAAUAAAUCAAUGUCUUCUCCAUGGCAGGACAGUGACAGGGUUGACCUGGAGUGACAUUUCUAAGGUGUCUAUUCAGGUCAGGUAGUGACACCAUCUUUGUGUUUUUCCCUGUGCUGAGUGUCCUGUCAUGUCAGCAUUUCCAUAACAGCAAAAUACAUUUUUUGUCCAUCUAAUUAAUAACUGUGACUGUGUAUAUUCUUUUUUCUUAAGUCCAACAAAGUACAGUAAUAAUGUUUCCUCAGAAUCCACUUCCUCUUUGACUGAGCAAGAACAAAAACAGUCAACAGUCUCAUUACGUUGCUGGUGUAUCUUACUACUCAUUUUUUUGAGGGUCGUGGUGGAGCUGAAUUCAAAGAAGUGAACUUAUGAUUGGCUCUUGUGAUCAGGUGGAGAUCUACCAAGUCAGAAUGGGCUUCAAAUCUGACUGUGUAUGCCAGACUUUCAGGGUUUUGUCUCAACCUAAAAGUCCACUGGUCUGCACCCAUAUGCAGUAAACGUAGGAAGAGGUAGCUGAUGUUGUUCCAGCAUGUUCCACAUGUUUCAGCAUGUUCACUGGAUAAAUUAGCCUAGUUUUCAUCACAGAUUGGCCAUUUGGCUGAUUGGACGAUGAGAAAUCUCAGAAAUUCAUCUGCAAGUGAAUCUUGACUUGGUUUGUAAAUUGCCAUGAAGGGCAAAGAGAAACAGGAACAGCAGUGGCAGAGUAAGCAAACUGACUUUUCUGGGUGUUGCCAGGCAUGAUCAACCUUAGAGGCUUAUGCCCAAACCCAGGAUGGUUACCUCCACUAAUCAUAUCAACUUUAACUUCAGGUAUAAAAGAGCCAAAACAGAAUGCAUUCUUGCAAGUAAUUAUAGUGAUUCAUUUUCAGUGUGGGUCUGUCUGUAGUAGUGGUCUUUUAUGGUGGUUGCUGCACAUCUUAAAAAAGUCAAAGGAGAAGUAGCAGACUGCACUGAAAUGGAUAGUGAGUCCAUUAACAAUGAAGUGGUAUACUUCACAAUAAAAGCAUAGUUUGACAGAGCAGGGUAUAAAGCAGCCCUAAAAGCAAAUAUCCAAAACAAAACAAAAAUAAAUAAAUAAAAAGGAAGACUUUGUUUAAUGCAGAAGUUUGAGUUUAAGUCACAGAAACGAUGAUACAUCAUAAAAUUGAAUAUCAAUAGACAUGGAUGAUGAUGUAAGUCAAAUCAUGUGUCCCUGCCCCUCUCUUGCCUUUCCUGAAUAUGACUAAUUGUUUUGUUUUAUUCUCAAGUAUUCCUUAAAUGGCCUGAUAAUUUUGUUAUCGCUUUAUUUCAUGAGGUGGAAAUUCUAAUUUUGUGACAGCUCCAGUUCAAAUAGGAUUGAUUAUUAAAUCGCAAAUUUCCUUUGAAAAAUCAAACAACAGUUCACAUCUCCAAUCCCAAUAAAGUAUACAUUCUGUUUAUAAAAUAACAGCACAGUUAGCAGUUCAUAAAGCAAAUAGAUUAGAAAGGGUAAAGAAAGGCUUUUAGUGAUAAAGAGGAAACACUGAACUAAUAUUUGAGUCCAAAGGUGCUCAUUAAUUCCUCCACCAGACUCAUUCGUCUCAUCUCUGUGUGCAUAGUCAGUGACACAAAUAUACUUAUUAUUAGCAUACACUUUCUCUGAUAUCUGGUCAGUGUUCCCCUUAGCAAAGAGUUAGAAUAAAGAAUAAGACAUCACAGUUUUAUAUGGUAUUCUGUCUGUAACCGCAGCUCUAAACUCUUGCAGCACUCAUCCUAUUUCAGGGACUUAAGAUGAGCCCAGUUUCCCUGUUUCAUGCCUGAAUGUGUUUCAAAAAACUCCAAGGAAACAAUCAAUCAAGUCUGGCAACACACGGGGCUGCAAAUGAGCCAACUGUGAAGCACAGUGUGUUUGACUACAUCUGUUUUCUUCAUCAUAUAAACUGUCAAACAGCAUCUCAGACUGGAGGCUUACUUUACUGCAGUCUGUGCUGAACUGAGUCUGAGGCUUUACAAAAGCCACCAAUGCUGAUUAAUAAGUCUUUUAUUGGCUUCAAACACAAACACAGUUCUGAAGAAACGUAGAAGAGCUGGUCUGCCGACUCAUUUUGUUCUGUUAAUUGAUUUCUCUGGAAGUGCCUCUUUGACGAUGCACAAGAAACAGAGUUAUCAGAGAGUUUAUCUGCAGAGUCACGACUCAGAUUAAACCUCUGCUACUCUGUAAUAUUAUAUCUAUAUAUAAUAUAAAAGGAGCUUCACAUGUACAUUUUAUUAAGGUAUUUCCCUGCAGGGCAGCAUGUUUCAUCUGUUUGUGAGAGCGAGGCUUCACUAUGACUUUGAGAGACAGGAACGUUGGAUCAGGGCGUUGGAUCUGUCUGACACUGAGGAGUGUCUGAAUCACUGGAGCAUGUCUGUGAGCUGGCACGUGCAGGAAAACCUCACAUACUGACAAACACACACACUUAUGCACACACAUACAAACACAAGUUUGCAUAUCAAUGCAAAGCAGUUUUGCACUUUUUGUAAUUACAUCCUUGAACAGUCCCUAUGAGGGUUUAAUUUUAGUCUACAUUUGAGGGUAUAACAAACACAGAUUACUUUUUUUCUUAGAUUGGAUUUAAAGAGGAAAAUACCUAACGUACCACACAUUUUGACUGAUUACUCAAAAAAUUAUGGAAUGCCCAUCCUGAAACUUGCAGGGAUGCUACUGGACAUGAUAGUCUUUCUUUAGUGUGAAUAUGAAGAAAAUUGAAGGACCCCCUUUUUUUGCUAUUUCCAAUUUAAGUUUUUGGUCUUUUAUAAUUUUUUUCUGGUCCAAUUUGGGAAAAAAAUGUCAUGAACAAAAAGAUAGAACUUGAAGAGAGCUUUAAAAUGACACCUGAAUCCAGCUCUCUAGGUGCCAUACUUCCAGAGAUAUGAACGAUUUUGUUAUGCAUGUCAUGCUAACUAGCCAAAAAUUCAUUAGCCCCUAUCUGACUAAUUAGAUGGCUUUGAUCAAAAAUAUUUGAGCUCUGACAGUUUCUCCUGAAGGCCAAUCACUCCACCAAAUUUCAUCAAAAUCUGUGACAUGAGUGGAGAUUCUUGGUUGAAUUGACAUGGAAUGACCCUAUAAGAUCUGAAAAGGAAAGAUCCAGAGCACAUGAUGCAUUUGAGCAGUUUUAUUAGCAUGUAAACUGACGUUUCGACACAGGUGUCUUCUCCAGAGUCAACAGAGAACCCAUUAAUGGAGCGGUUUAAAUAGCCCACCUCCAAUCAAAACAGAGUCUUUCAUUGGUGAAGCGGCAAGUUUCCAAUCAUCUACACCAGCCAAUGUGAGGGUACCACAUGAUCCAUACUACAGAAUGAAACUGCAUCACAGAUCACAGCGGUGCAGCAAAUAAACAUUGAACACAACAAUCAACAAAUGAAGAAAAAUAAAAAAUAAAAUUCAAAAUGAAUGAAAAUAUAUUUAACAAAAAUGAAAUACUACAUUAUACUGAUUCAAACCCUGAAGUUCCACCAUGUUGAGUAUAAAAAUCCAAAAGGCUUCUUUGCGGAGGAGCCUAUCUGGCUUUUAGCAGAUGUUUUGUUUGUCCCAUGUAAGCUAAGCCACAUGGGCACUUUAACAUGUAAACAACAUGCGUACUGUUACAGUUAAGGAACGGAUUGAUUUUGAAAAUCAAUUCGUCUUACACGAGACUGUCUCCUUGGAUGGAUUCUUACAGUUUGAGACUCAGUCUUAUCUUUUACUGGGUCUUCCUGUAAAUAUCAUGCUGAAUCUGGUCUAGUCCAGCUCCCCUCAGGCAUUUUGUGAUCACAUUUGUUGUGAAGUGAUGUUUUAUAAAUAAAGACUGAUAAAAAAAUAUAUUUUUGAAAAUAAUUUGUUUUGGAGGGAGCAAUAACUUAAAGCCAUAAAUGUCAAUAAGGACAGUUAUAUAUGACAGCUUCAGUAAACAUUUCAUCAACUUUUAUCCCCUUUACAAAUCAAUAAACCAAUAAAACAACAAGCAAAAGCAGUAACCCGUCAUCUCUUUACACAUCAAUCAGAGGAUUGAAUCGCACAACCUCCUUGAUUAGCUGCAGCCUGGGUUGUUAAUGUUACGGAUUUGAAUAAUGUCAACAACCCUAAAAAAAGCCUCCCCUGCCAUCAUCAUGAAGCAGGAAAUCAAAAGUGUAAUCAUCAGCAGUGAAAGCUGAAGAGGGACAUGUUAUCAGAGAGAGAGAGAGAGACAGAGAGGGAGAGGGAGAGGGGAGACGAGGAAAGAUUCAUGGAGAGAGGAGACGACAGAGAAGAAGGAGAGAGAGAGAUCAAGAGAGACACAAGGAGACAGAGAUCGGUGGGUGCAGCAGACUAUAGGCUAAAACUGACUUCAGUGUUUAAUAGCCGUAAAAUAGUCAGUAAGCUUCUCUUCCCACCUACUCUUAGUGUUGUUAAUAUGCUGUUAGCCUCUUCUCCUCCUCCUCCUCAUCAUCACCACUCGUACCCUGACACACACACACACACACACACACACACACACACACACACACACACACACACACACACACACACACACACAUGCAUCUGCUUAUAAAUCCAGAGUCACACACUUAAACACAGGAUUAUGUGUGCAUGUACAGAAAGUCAAAUAGGUUGUACUCUCUUACUGGAACUCACAAACGCAUCUAUAUACACAUAUUGCACACCCUCUUUAUAUGCGUGCAGCUGGGGUUUUGAGGAGCUCUGACAACUUCAGGUUGUGAAGCGAAGAAGAUGAAUACAGUUGCUUGUUUUCUGUAUCCAGGUAAAGUCUCCUGUAAGUGGCCUUAACUCAUUAUUCACACAUGCACACACACACACACACUCCCUUAAAUGGAUGUACAUUUACACACAUGCACUCUGUUCUUUUCCUGCUGUCUCCUCAGGUUGCUUCCCUCCCUUGCUCCCACUCCCCUUCAUGUUAACUGAGCCACUGGAUGCUGAAGGCUCUAAUCAAGGCAGCACAAUGAACGCCAGGCUCUGUGGUGAAGAUCGCUUUCCAUCAGCGCAGCAAGGCUCUGUGCUCAUCUGUCUGAAUACAGUUGCAGCUCUCUGAAUUGCAUGCUGAAUUUUCUGCCUCUUUAUAUAUCCUCCAUCUCUUGCCUCAGUGUGCGACACGGAUCUCUCCACACGAAACCCGAAAUGUUGUCAGAAAUGAAUCAGAUGUUCAGAUAAUUGGUGCAUGAACAUUUAAAAGCCAAUGAUGAGGCUCUAUUGUGCUAAUUAAACCAGACUGCAGGUACAGUAUUUUGUUGUCUUUUUAUCAUCUGUACACUCCUCAUUUAUAGAUGUCACAUAUCCACAAAUUUUACAGAGAGGAUACAGGAGGAUCUGAUCAGUCUUAGAUUCUUAACAUGAUAUUGUCUGCUUAUGGUUUUUGUAUCCCUCAGGAUAUCAGAUUUGUACAUCACACACAUCACAGAUCCCAGCAAAUGACGUCACAAGAUUUUUUAGCAAACACCAUAAAAAUGAAAGACAGACAUAUGUGGUUAUGUCAUCUUCACUGAUCAGAAAUACUGACUUAACAGAAUUUUAUCCAAAAAGAUUUGGGUUAAAAGAUGUUGAGUUGAAGGGGAAAGUGUUUUUGGAUCUGUCAGAGUUGGUAACUAAGUUUUAGUCUAUUCCAUUUAGAUGCAAUGAUAGCUGAAAGCUCCUCUUUGAUAUCACAGACCUGUAAAUCUGCUCUCAUGUAUCAUCAUGGUGACACCUAAGUGAUGCACCUCAUUUAUAUUUGUGAUACUUCACAGUGAGGUAUCUAGAUGAUGCAUUCCUGUGAGAUUCAACAGAUAUGUUACGGAAAUGACUCUGAGUAACAUCUACAUAUCAUCUUCUUGAUAUUGACAGUAGAAAAUUAGGGCUAACACGGGUGUUUCCUUUCAUAGAUGAAAACCCUAAAGACGGAUUCAUGUUUGAAGUUGUCAGUUUAAGAGAAGGUGUAUUCCCUCAAAGGUACAUUAGUUUACAGAAACAUGAAGCUGAAUGAUCUCAGUUAGAGCUGCUGUCAUAGAUCCUGAUAAUGUUUUCUCAGAAUGAUCAGAGUCGACUAUGAGGAGACGUCCUGAUAAUAACUCAUCGUUUAUUUCUUUACUCUGACAGAAACUCCGCUCACUGUCCUUUAACUCACUACAACACUCAGAGCUGACCAACCGUCAGACUCAUAAUGCUGUCUAGAAGGAAGAUUCCACACGUCUCAACUUUCUGCCCAGUCUGUUCAGAGUCCUGAUCCGUAAUACAGUGUGGAUCUGAGGAGACAAAACAUUAGGGACACUUUAACCAGAUGCUCCACGAUCAUCAUUUUGGUACAGACAGCUAGCUGUUCACUGUGAACCACAUCUCUUAAACUUAACCAACACUUCAUUCUUUAUUAUCAGGACUUUAUUCUCAUUAUAUCAGAACUUUACUAUAACAUUAAUCUCUAUACAUUAUGGGCCUGAUCUACUAAGAUCCAAAAUAGCGAGCGCUAAAUGCAAAAAAGUGCAAACUGAAAAAUUGCAUGUGCUAUUAGUGGGCGUGUUGCGGGUGAUCUACUAUCAUUGCGUGCGCAAUUAAUAACGGGAGCAAAAGUGGUGCAGACUGCCCUCUUUGAACGAGGAUUUUGUGUGCGCUAUCGGCUGUCACCAUGGACAGUUUGUGAGAGCAGAGUGUUUGAAAUCAUGGAGUUGUACAUAUUGUUUUGGGGAACUGCAUAAAAGGCAAGGCAAGUUUAUUUGUAUAGCACAAUUCAUACACAAGGCAAUUCAAAGUGCUUUACAGAUGCAAGACGAUAUACUAGAAAUCAAAAAAGGGAUUAAAACAAUUUAAAAUCAAUAUGACAAACAGAAAUGUAUUCGUCUGUUUCGUGUUUGACCUUAUUAUUUGUAAAAUUGGCAUUUACCAGAAAAAUGAAAUAAAUCACAAGCUUUUGGACAAGGA